AGAAUCGCAAACAAUGCAGUACUUUUCCAUCGAUUUAACUGGAAGCUUAUUGGUCAUUGGUGGAAGGUGAAAUUUUAUCCACAAAAUUGAGCGCGAACUUGUUGAACUGAAAAGACGCGCUGAUGGUUGGGUCGUGUUCCUGAAGGUCCUAACUUGUGAGAAUUAAUAUUAUUCACACACAGACGCCUCUGCUUUAAUUGAUCAGUCAGCACCGUGGCCAUGGAGCAAAUUGAAGAGCCGUCAGGAGACCUGACAGAAGAUUUGGCCCCGACUGAUGCAAAGAACUACAAAGAGGCUUUAUCUGAAAUCAAGAAAAAUGAGCGCAUGCAAAAUCAUCAAAAUCGGGAGUCUAUAGAGGUUUUAGUUCGAACAAGCGUUCUACAAAAACAAAAUGCACAACUGACUGAGAAAAUUGCUGAGAAGGAAACAAAAUUGAAAGAUCUGACCAAACAGAUUGCAUUACAAACGUAUCAAGCGAAAAUGCAAACAGCUGCACGAAAAUUUGUUGAUGAUGCUCGACAGCAGCUGUGGGUUAAAGAAGAGGCUCGCCUCAUUCAAUCGUGCAAGUUUUACGAGGACCACUGGAAAGCUACGUGCAAAGAAAUUGCAGAUAUUUACUCGGAGAUUGAAAAACAACAAACUACCAAGAAAGAUAACGGCAAAAAUAUAUUUGCUCUGCAAUCACAUGACUGGGAAGCAAUUAUUGAGGAGACCACUCCAGCAGAUAUUCCAGAUGAUGUGCACCAAACAACUUCUGAAUCUGAUGAGUUUGAUUCACAGGAAAUUCAAAGAGUUCUGCAGGAUUGCGAAUCAAACUACCCCGAAAACCCCUCAGCAAAAGCCACAGCCACAAAUUAUAAAAAGAUAUCUCAAUUUGAUUGUGAAGAAAAAGGAAAAAGCCACGAAUCAGUUUCUGUUUCUGGAUGUCAUCAUGGAUUAGGCUUUGGUAACUCCACCAGUUCUAAAGUGGUGCACACGCCUUGGAGGCAGGACGCCAAACUCUCCAAUCAACUACCAUACCAAGGUGGCGCGGCUCAUCAGGUCCAGCAGCAAGGAGUCCCUCCCAUGGAGAGAUCUCGUCAGACGUUGACGCUGCCGACGACAGGCCAAGCCCGCGGAUACAACCAGAAACCCAUGACGUCACACUGGGUCACCUCUCAGUUUGCAGCAAAACAAACCAGCUCCUUGAAGAAAAGUGCCGUCUCGUCGCAGCAAGCGGCAGUGGCUGACGCAGCUCGCGCACCAGCCUCUCGCGAUGACUUUGAUUGGGAUGAUUGGGGUUGCGAUAUUGAUGAAAACUGGCACUUUGAAGAUAAAACUAUUCCACCGCAACCUACUCAACCUAACAAAGUAGUAGAGAAAAAGGCCCCAACCUUUCGGCCUAAACAGCCUACUAUUAAGUAUAAGCAAUGACGUCCAUGAUAUCAUAUAGGUGUUAUACUUAAAAGAAAAUAUUCACAUUCCUGAUAUUUUAUUUUAUCUGUAUGACAAAUAAAAGAGUUGCUGUAGUAGUAAAAUCCAAUAUUAUAUUAUCCUCUAUAAUAUAAAUUACCUACAAAGUCAAUGAUCAUGUGACACUGUGCAAGAGAAUAUUCACAUGAGAGAUGAAAACUGCGCAGUUAGUAAGCUCUGUACUCAAAGCCGUAAAUAUUUCAUUUCAGGUCAUAUUCUGCUUCAAGCAGUCGAUACUUGUUAUGUUUCACAUGUGUAUGAUAUAAAAAAUAAACGUGCUAGAGAAAUGAAAUAAAAAUAUCUCUUGAAUAGUCGCACAAUCUAUAUUAAGUCUAAAAAAAGUCUACGAUUUAACUUAGCAAAAAUUUCAUGCUUAAUUAUUAAUAUUUCAGACGCAUAUUCAUUGAUUUAUAACAUCAGCGUCUGGCUUUUGCUCUUUUACUUCCUUUCGUAGGUCACCUCUGAAACUGAGACACGAAUAAAACCAGACUUAUUCAGUUUACAAACUGGUUUUUCAAAGCAUGAUUGCAAGACAUUUGCAGAGGUAGGCUCUCUUUGCAGCUUGCGUAUGAGUUUUCGCUUAGACUACAGAUAAUUAUAAGUUUCUUUCCUGUGACGCUUACGUGCGGAUCAUCGUGCUCUUUGUCACGUCUGCACUAAAAUACGUUUGCUCGCGAUGCAAUGCGGCUCAGCAGCUCUGUUUGGCAUGGGAUGAGCAUGAAGUUCAUGAAGCACCAUUCCCUGAGUGCCGGCAAUAUGUACUUAUUCACGUUCGCUGUAUUACGUAAUUUACUAAUAUGCUCCCCCUCCCUCAAAAUGGACUAAUUUUUGGGUUGUGCCGGUAUUUAAAAGUAAGGGUUUCACGUCCUCAUAAAAUGGAAUUAAAAAACUACAUUUUCAUCAGAUUCCAGAUUCAUUGCUUAUAUUUACUGUCAAGUUUAAAACAGUAAAAUGCUAACAGAUAGAAUCAAUUUUAAAGGACGUAAUAAUAGCUUUAUAAGUUUUACCAGAUAGAGGGAGCUGUGUGAAAAUUGAUAAUCAGGCGCGGUUCAUAUGUGGAUGGAGUGAAAAUACGGGAUUGCCUGUUUGAACAUUUCAUUAAACACUUAUUUAGCAUGCCGUGAAGGCACAAAAAAAUGUGGACUAGCAAUUAAGGAUCAUGCCCGGAAUCACGUGAACACCGAGUGUUCAACGAAUUAACUUGACCCGAAUUUUUACUUUCACAACUUACUCUAAAAAUAACAUAGUGUCCUUUGCAAAGUUUAUUAUAAACUUAUUAACAAGUGUUAAUUUUCUCGUAGACUGUUUCAUAAUGAGCACUCUUAAUAAAUAUAUGCUUUACAAACCAAGAGGACAUAAGGAAAUAAGAUUGUUUUAAUGUUUACGUCUUUGGAAAGACUGCGCGCUCGCUGCGCACAAUUGUUUUUGGUCGCGUAAUAUUUUGCUUUCGAAAAAUCCAGUGUGCUUAAUUGGUUUUGCCUCAAGUUUUUCAGAAUACAUUUUAUUACUUGUGCCACCGUAAAAUCCUAUUUUUCCUAUAAAAAUUAAUAAAAGUUUAAACCUUUUCAAGAAUUCAAAAAGCUUUAUUUUUGAGAGCCAAAAUGAUUAGCAUAGGGAAACUUAAACAAUAGCAGAAUUGAGACCGAAUUAUUUAAAUUAUUUUCCAGGAACUAAUUUUAAAAUUGCUUAUUAAAAAUUAUCCGCAAUUAUAUCGUUUAAAGUGUGUUUUAAGCAAUUUGAAAAUCCCAAAAAAUUAUGGUGUUCAUCAAUUUUGCCCGGAAGAGCAGAAAGCCGGGAAAUAGAUAUUUAUUACGGCUUUCCUCCUUCACGCAAAAAUAUAAACCUGGAGAAGGUCAUGCAACUUAUAAAAAGCUGAGUGAUCAUCACCUGUCCACGUGAGAGAAGAGGCAAUCCCUGUAGUAUGCGUGCGUGCCUGGGAGAAGUUACCCAGUAGCCCUCCCCUCUCAACAGGUACAAUAAAAGUAGGGAUUUGAAAGUCGCCGAGAACAGACACCCAGUGAGCGUCAGCAUCGUCACUUCUCUCUCAAGGAAACUUAUUUUUUGAGAUUUUACUUGUUUCAACAUAUUUUGAAAACCUUCAUGUAUCCAUGAACAGCAGAGCCCUAGUCUAUCUCGAAACCAGAAAAUUCCUUCCCACCGUCAG